CACAGCGCUUGGCUAGAUCUCGCGAUAGCUGCUGCGCAUAAAAGCCGCCACAGCCUGCUCGCGCAGUAUCAGUCAGUUCAUUGACCGUUUGGAAAUAGUUAAGUUACUCGGUUUAUCUGGACAGAAAUGGCAACCGCUGAAGUUAUUCCAACUCAGAGUGUGGUGGAGAGGGUCGCCAGCCUUCCUCUGGUCAGCUCCACCUAUGGCUUGGUGUCCAGUGUGUACUCCAGCACAAAGGACAACCACCCGUACAUCAAGACUGUGUGUGAGGCCGCGGAGCAAGGAGUCCGCACCAUCACCUCAGUGGCUCUCACCACUGCUUCACCCAUCAUCGACAAGCUGGAGCCUCAGAUUGCCAUGGCCAAUGAUCUUGCCUGUAAAGGUUUGGACAAGAUUGAGAAAACCCUGCCGAUUCUUCACCAGCCCUCUGAGCAGAUUGUGUCCAAUGCCAAGGAUGUAGUAACCACUGCUAAAGAUGUCGUGACGGGCACAGUCUCAGACACUCUGACCAGCGUUGUGGAGAAAACCAGGGGCGCGGUGCACGGUGGGGUGGACAAGACCAAAUCUGUCGUCAACGGCAGCGUGAGCACUGUACUGGAGAGCAGAGUGGCACGGCUCAUCAGCAGCGGAGUCGACACAGCCCUGAGUACAUCCGAGAGUCUGGUGGAGCAGUACUUACCUAUGACUGAGGCUGAGCUGGAGCUGGAGGCAAAAACUGUGAAAAGCUUUGACAACAAGGAGCCGAACUACUACGUCCGCCUGGGCUCUCUCUCCACCAAGCUCCGCAAGAGAGCGUACAGCAGAGCCAUGGUCCAGAUACGAGAUCGCAAGCAGCGCUGCAUGGAGUUCAUUUCUGAGCUGAACUCCACUGUUGACCUGAUUGAGGUUGGCAGAAAGAACAUUGACAGUGCUAACCAGAUGGUGAACAAGAAGUUGAAUUCCCUGGUUGCAUGGAAGUCCAGUAGUCCAAACCAGGAGAACUGUCAUGAGGCAGAGGUAAUUGAGUCCCGCACUUUGACCCUAGCGCGUUCCCUCACCCAGCAGCUUCAGACCACCUGCCUUGUCCUCGUCUCCAGCCUGCAGGGUCUCCCCAACCACAUCCAGCAGGAGGCGCUGUCCCUCGGCUACUCUGCCUCACAGGUGUACGCCAACUUCAGCAAAGCUAAGGCGCUGGGAGACCUGCCAGACACAGGGUUGACCAGCAGCAGAGUUCAGCUGAGCAAAAUGAAAGAGUCCCUGGACAACGUCAUGGAUUAUCUGAUCAACAACACGCCACUCAACUGGCUGGUGGGACC